AAAUAUAUAAUCAGUGUAGCGUAGACCGCGCAUCUGAUCGCUUGGCGUUUAAUAUUCAACAAAAAUGAUGAUAUUUUUAUUAUUAUUCGUGUCUAUCGGACUCGGGUCGGGAAUGUCCAUCGUGAAUCCAGGGCCAAAAUUCCCUCCCACGAAAGGACAUGUAUGGCCCAAACCCCAAGAGGAAACUAAAGAAAACAAAUAUUUUUUAUUCAACCCUUCCCAUUUUAAAGUAAAGGUAGUUGGACAAAACUGCACAAUCCUAGUGAAUGCAAUAAACCGUUAUUCUUUCGUAAUAAAAAACAAAAGUGGAUUACACCAUGGAAGAAAUCACGAGCGUCGUAAACGAAGAAUUGGCCGGGAUGAGAACUACCUGGGAGGUAUCGAUGAGUUGCAGUUGGACCUGACCGAACCCUGCGAAGAGUACCCGCAUUUUGAAAUGGAUGAGAGUUAUAAACUGAACGUGUCUUCAACGUCGACGCUGAGGAGUGCGUCAAUUUGGGGAAUCAUACGAGGUCUAGAGACGUUCUCGCAGCUCUUUUACCUGUCAAAUGAUCGUAAUGAGCUACGAGUAAACGCGACGAAAAUAAUUGACUAUCCUCAAUACGCCCAUCGCGGUCUCUUACUGGACACAUCUCGCCAUUAUAUCUCGAUGUCUAAUAUACUGAAAAUGCUUGACGCGAUGUCCUACAAUAAGUUGAAUGUUUUCCAUUGGCAUAUCGUCGAUGAUCAGAGCUUUCCCUAUCAGAGCGAACGGUUCCCGGAGUUGAGCGAGCAAGGCGCGUAUGACUCUUCAAUGGUUUAUACCAAAGAAGACAUACAAAGAGUAGUGGAGUACGCAAGAGAUCGUGGAAUACGAGUUAUACCUGAAUUUGAUGUACCAGGUCACACUCGGUCAUGGGGUAAUGCAUUCCCCGAUGUGCUGACAGAAUGUUACAGACAGGACAAAGUUGUCGGUUUGGGUCCCAUGAACCCAACUAAGAAUAUCACCUACAAACUCUUGAGGGAUUUAUUUCAAGAAGUGCAGACCUGGUUCCCGGAUAAAUACUUCCACAUUGGGGGUGAUGAAGUCGAAUUGGAUUGUUGGCGUUCGAAUCCAGAACUACGCGAAUACAUGAACUCGCACAACCUCAGUGUGACGCAGUUGCAUGGUCUCUUCAUGGAAAAUGCUAUACCGUUGCUGGCAAACGAUUCUGAAGUCGUACUUUGGCAGGAAGUAUUUGACGAAAAAGUACCACUAUCAAAAGAAACAAUAAUUCAAGUGUGGAAGGGAAGUUGGAUUAGCGAAAUGGUCUCGAUAUUAACAUCUGGACACCGACUGAUAUUCUCAUCCACCUGGUACCUGGACGCUUUGGGCAGCAACUGGCCAGAUUACUACUGGGCUGAUCCCCGCCAGAUGGUGUUCGAUGUGACAUUUAACAAUACUUUGGCGAACGGCAUUGUGGGAGGAGAGGCUUGUAUGUGGGGAGAAAUGGUCGACGACAGAAAUGUUAUGAGCAGGGUCUGGCCGCGAGCCAGUGCGGUCGCUGAACGAUUGUGGAGUGCAAACACGCUCGGCAGACGAAUGCGCUCCAUUUUCGAUACAAUACCUUUAGAAGUGUACCAGCGUAUAGAAGAACAUACAUGUAGAAUGAUAAGACGAGGUAUCGAUGCACAACCACCUUCGGGACCUGGCUUUUGUAUCCCAUAGAAUUUAAGGCUUUAAUAAACGAUAUAAUUGC